GGACCUCCUUGCCUGCUUCAUCCCAUACCAAAGCAGAUGUGCCCAUGACGGCACCCAGCCUCUGAUGAACCAUGUUCAACCCAAUGAACCCGCCAGUCAACAACUAUGUGGAACACUGUUACCUUCGGCCACUCCAUGGGCAGAGCCAACCCAGCAGCAUGGUGGAAGGAAUCAACGACUUGUCAUAUUACCACCAGGCCAACUCGAUGAGGAACCACCACACCUAUGGGGUGGCACCUGCGGGUGAGCACCCUGCUCAUACCGAUGGUACGCGCUUUUCUACACCCCGGAGCACAGCCAAGCUGACAAAGAAGCGGGCGUUGUCCAUCUCCCCACUCUCUGACGCCAGUAUCGACCUCCAGACCGUCAUCCGCACUUCACCCAAUUCCUUGGUGGCCUACAUCAACUCCCGCUGCGCCUCAGCCAGUGGUUCCUAUGGGCAUCUCUCAAUCGGCACCGUCAGCCCUUCCAUCGGAUUCCAGGGCCCCAUGGGCCACCAGAAAGCCCAGGGGAUGUCGUUCGGUCACAAUCCAACCAUGGUUCCCUGCGGGUCUCACGAGCACCUAGCUGGCCGGACAGGGAUGGUGCGCCACAUGCCACCCCCUUGUGGGAUGCUGAAGCACUGCCAGCUGAAGUCAGAGCCAAGCCUGGGCAGCCCUCUGGAUGCCCUGAGCACCAAGUGCCCGGAGGAGUGCUCGGAGGGUGACAUUUCCAGCCCAGCCUCUACGGGGACGCAGGACCCCUUACUAAGCAUGCUAGACCCCCGGGACGAGCUGGAGAAGGAAGACGGGAAGGUGGAGGCGGAGGUUGUGUAUGAAACCAACUGCCACUGGGAAGGGUGCUCCAAAGAGUUCGACACCCAGGAGCAGCUGGUGCAUCACAUUAACAACGAGCACAUCCAUGGGGAGAAGAAGGAGUUCGUGUGCCACUGGCACGACUGCUCGCGGGAGCAGCGGCCCUUUAAGGCCCAGUACAUGCUCGUCGUCCACAUGAGGCGCCACACAGGAGAAAAGCCCCACAAGUGCACAUUCGAAGGGUGCAACAAGGCCUACUCGCGGCUGGAGAACCUCAAGACUCACCUCCGCUCCCACACGGGCGAGAAACCCUACGUCUGCGAGCACGAGGGCUGCAACAAGGCCUUCUCCAACGCCUCGGACCGUGCCAAGCACCAGAACCGGACGCAUUCCAAUGAGAAACCCUACGUCUGUAAGAUCCCCGGCUGCACCAAGCGCUACACGGACCCCAGCUCUUUGCGCAAGCACGUCAAGACGGUGCACGGGCCGGACGCUCACGUCACCAAGAAGCACCGCGGCGAUACCGUGCCCAGCAGCCGGAUGCUGGCUCUCCAUGGAGACAUGAAGCAAGAGAGGGAUAGCGAGGGCAGGAAGGAAGAGGGCAAGCUAAUGGUGCCCGACUCUAACUUGAAACCGCAGCCCAGCCCCGGGGGCCAGUCGUCCUGUAGCAGCGAGCGCUCUCCCUUGGGCAGCGCCAACAACAACGACAGCGGCGUGGAGAUGAACGCCAACGCAGGCGGCAGCCUGGAGGACCUGUCGGCGCUGGAGGAACCCUCGGAGCCCAUGGGGACCUCGGGGCUAUCGGCCUUGCGCAAGCUGGAGAACCUGCGCAUUGACAAGCUCAAGCAGAUGCGCAAGCCCCUGUCGGGGAAGGGGGUCAAGCUGCCUUCCAUCUCGGGAGCAGCCCCCCCGAGAGAGAUGCCUGGCCUGUGCGGGCCGCUCUCCGCUGUCUCGCACCGUCGCAUCAUGGAGCUGUCAUCCGGUGACCUGCCCUCCUUGCCCGUGCCAGGGGACCGCCGCGGUAGCACCACCAGCACCGUCAGCUCAGCCUACACCGUCAGCCGUCGCUCCUCCAUGGUGUCGCCGUAUCUGCCGGGAGGGGGAGCCCCGAACGGGCUAGGCCCCCCAGACGGUUAUGAGCCCAUCUCUCCCGACGCCUCCAGGCGCUCCAGCGACGCCAGCCACUGCGGGGGUCUCCCUGGGCUGGGCAACCUGACGCCGGCCCAGCAGUACCGCCUCAAGGCCAAGUAUGCCGCUGCCACCGGCGGGCCGCCCCCCACUCCUCUGCCCAAUAUGGAGAGGGCCGCUCCGCCCGGCUUUCUCGGGGAUUACUCAGGCUCCGGCCUCCCUCCUUUCAUGCGGAGGCACAGCGCCAACGAGUACCACAGCUAUGGCCCCGGCAUCCUCCACCCCCACCUAGCACCCAAUCACAACACCCGCCGGGCCAGCGAUCCCUCCCAGACCGUGGGCGAGGGGCACCCAGCUCCCAGAGUGCAACGCUUCAAAAGCCUCAGCAACAUGAGCCCAGCCGGCAUGGGCAGAGGCGGCGGGCAGGCCAUCGGGGGCUCGGAUGCCAACCUGCAGCGUCACCUGUUCUCGCCACGGCCGCCCAGCAUCAGCGAAAACGUCUUUUUGGAGAGCACAGCCAUGGAGGGCGGCCGCCCGGCCGGAGAACCAGAACUGCUCGAGAUAGAACCGUACCUGGGCUACCAGGAACCGAACUACCCUUGCCAACCCGUGAGCAUGGAACUGCAGAGCGACGUGGCCCACAGGGGCACCCCAAGGGCAAUAGCUGACUUGCAGAUAAGUCCGGCGAGCCACGGGCAGCUGGAGAGCAGCUUUGAGCAACCAGAUUACAUCCAUCCUCCCUGCCAGAUGAACCCGGCGUUCCACGCGGCCCGGCAGUGGGACGGCAACAGCUCGGGGAUGAACCCCCCGCCUCCCGCUGGCAUGGGGCAGUGCCACUCUGCCCAGUACCCGGUCCCUGAUGCCAAGCACAUGGGGGCGGAGCCCGGCAGCGGAGCCCGGCAGGGGGGCUUCCCGUUCGUCCAGCCGCAGAUCAAAGCCGAGCAGCAGUUCCAAGCGGCCACGCCAGCCCUCGCCUCCUGCCAAGGCAUGAAGCCACUGCCCUACAGCCAGGCAAUGUGUGGAGGCGGCGAGUACCCACCGGAGAGCCAGCAGGGCCCUUGCUUUGGCAUGGGGACAGCCCCUGGCAGGCGGUCUCAGACCCCCAUGCUGCAAGUUAAGGAGAUGAUGGUGCGGAGUUAUGUGCAGUCGCAGCAAGCUCUGAUGUGGGGGGAGCAGCAGCCCGGCGGCGAGGUCCUGAUGGGCCUGGACGGAACAGAGAGCGGGCAGUGCCAGCAGCACCACCACCCUUACCCUGGCCCCAAGUACUCCAGUUACCCUGCCAGGCCUCCGCAAGCAAUGGAGAACAAAGCACUUUCCAGUCCCAACAGUCAGUGUUACCCCCCAGGGGUGGUCCCACACCCACCCGGCGCACCCAAGCUGCCCAGUCGGCAGAGCGGCCUGAGCUAUCAAGGGAGCCCUGCUUACGAACCCUCCAGCGAUGCGGGCCCCCGCCGGAUGAUGCGCUUGCCCCCUCUCCACGGCCCCGAGGAGGCAUGCUACUCCAGCCCGAUGCCCGUGCCGCUGGGCAAAGCCACCGGGCCCAAGCUGAUGGGCGCCCACUCAAGGCAUCACCCCCCGCCCAGCUGCGUGGCGGAGGACCCGGGCGGGCCUUACCCUCCAGGGCUGGACGGCCUGAAGUCAGACUCUUUCUCUUACCUGCCGGAGGAGCAGGUGUCCAACAGCUUGGACACCCUGGACUUGGAGAACACCCACUUGGACUUCACGGCCAUCUUGGACGAGGCCGAUGUCAUCAGCCCCGGUUCCCCACCCGGCGGCCCGGCCAACAUGGCCGUGGGGGAUAUGAGCUCCAUGCUGAACUCCCUGGCAGGGGAGAACCAGUUCCUUAACACCCUGUCCUAGUAGGGAAGGCUCUACAGCUGCAA